UUGUUACCCUUUGUGGCAUUGUGUUGUGUCUCUCUGACAGGAACAUCUGUCAUGAAGGUAACUGCAUCAGAUGCGGAUGACCCAACAUACGGAAGCAGUGCCAGAGUGGUGUACAGUGUGCUGGAUGGAGAAAAGUUUUUCACCGUUGAUAGACACACAGGGAUCAUCAUGACAGCAGUGGCAGAUUUGGACCGUGAGACACAGGAUCGUUAUGAGUUGGUUGUCAAGGCAACAGACAUGGCAGGACAAAUGGGUGGUCUUUCUGGCUCCACCACAGUGACAAUAGUGAUCACAGACGUUAAUGACAACCCACCGCGCUUCCCACAGAAGAUGUACCAGUUUUCAGUGUCAGAAGGAGCUGCUGUGGGGACACCAGUCGGACGUGUUAUUGCUACAGAUGCAGACAUGGGAGACAACACAGACAUGAGCUAUCUGAUCAAAGAGGGAGGGGAGCUCUUUAAGGUCUCCACAGAUGUAGAGACACAGGAAGCUGUAGUCUCUAUAAAAAAGCCAUUGGAUUUUGAAAGCAAACGGACUCAUAAUGUCGUAGUAGAAGCAGUAAAUAAGCAUGUCGAUCCUCGCUUUGUGGAGCUGGGGUCUUUCAGAGACCAGACUAUUGUUCGAGUGAGCGUGUCGGACGUUGAUGAGCCGCCCAUCUUUCAACCAGCAGAGGGCACUAUCAUGGAAGUCCAGGAGGAUGCCAAAGUCGGCGCGCUGGUUGGAAAUGUCACAGCCAGAGAUCCAGAUGUGAAGAAUAAACCUGUUAGGUUCUCCAUUGAUCGGACAACAGACCUGGAUAUGAUCUUUUAUAUUGAUCCUGACUCUGGAGCGAUCACAUUGGGAAAGAUUUUGGACCGAGAGACUGCAGGCUGGCACAAUAUAACUGUAAAAGCUGUUGAAGCAGACAACCACACAAUGAUGUCCUUUUCUGCUGUGAGUAUUCGGAUUCUGGAUGUAAAUGACAAUCCUCCUGAGUUGGCUACACCGUUUGAAGCAUCAGUAUGUGAAGAUGCCAAACCAGGCCAGGUAUGUUUUUCUUUGACCAAGCUUAUGUCUGAUCUGAUAGUAUAA